GAAGUGCUGCUCGCAGUGAAAUAGGACAAGUUGACGCAUGUGUGGGAGCGCACUGAAAGGCGGAAUAAACGCAGACACAAUAGCUCAGUCGGUGAACGCUGUGUCUUAUUGAUCCGGCGUAGAGAAGGAAGAAAAACAAGGACCUAAAGGGAGAAGGAGAGGCAGACGGGGGACGAUUCAAGCCGCUAUCUUUCCUGAGGGGGCAGUUUAUUUAUCCGCCCUGCAAGCUGAAGAAGAAAACGCAGUCUUUGCGGAACAGUCACAUUGAAGACGACACGUGUGGAUGAUUAACCACGUUUCCUGGGAGGACUGCGCUCUGAUUGCUUUACUGUAUCCGUUUUGUGCGAUUGUUUUUCAGGGAGGGAUACAGCCACUCUAGAGACAUAGUUUCUGCUCUCCGCCCGGAUCUGCUACAGUGAUGUCGGAGCUGGAUGUCUCUGCAGACUGCGUCUCCAGCCGACCCCCGGGGCGGACAGAGGACAUAUUGAAAGAGAACCAGGAGAACAGGACUUUGCUGAUGGUGGCAAUGAUUUUACUGGACUUGAACAAAUGCAAUCCCGCCGCUAUAGGCGCCGGAGGCAGCAAAAGUCUCGGGGCCAGCGAAGCCGGCGCGCAGGAGAAGGUGGAGCGGGGCAGUUGCCGGUUGAACGCCGGGGACAGCCGGGGCUCGCUGGCACCCAAACAGCCCCGGAACAAGAAGGCGGGGGCGAGGCAGGAGUCCCCCGAGAAGAGGCACUGCUGCCCCUUCACCGGCUGCGGGAAGAUGUACGGCAAGUCGUCCCACCUCAAGGCCCAUUUAAGGGUCCAUACCGGUGAGCGUCCCUUUGAGUGUACCUGGCCGGACUGUGGCAAGAAGUUCUCCCGAUCAGACGAGUUGACGCGUCACUACCGCACGCACACGGGCGAGAAGCGCUUCAACUGUCCACUGUGUGACAAGUGCUUCAUGAGGAGCGACCACCUGACUAAACAUGCCCGGCGACACGCAGGCUUCCACCCCAGCAUGCUCCAGGGCUCCAGUGUGGCCAAGAGACGCCGCUGCUCCAUGUCCGUGUCCUCCUCUGAUUCCGGAGACCAAAGCCCCGCUGGGGUUUGAGACACACCCACAUGCUGUACAUAUAUACAUAAAGGUACAUGCAGUAGAUACAGAGGCAUGCACAAACAUAGACACACCCUCAUGUGUGGUGUUUGUACCUUUACACAAACCCUGUCAAGUCAGACAACCAGCCAGACCACAAUUCAGAAUUUUUCUACGACACAUGUAACAUUGCGCAGCAGAAACAUUGACUGUAAUCAAACUUGAUCUCCUUCUCUUGUUCCCUGAGGCGACUGGUUUUAUCGAGGGUUAUUCAGGGCCUGUGAGGAAGGUCUAGUUGUUUUGCCAUUUGUAAUUAUUUUACUUUGACUUGUAAAGCUUUUCUUCUGAAAGAAUCUGCCAUCCAAGUGGCGUUUAUGUACAUAUCUAGUUUUCAUACACACUACAUGUAUUCACUUUGCAUCAAAGAUUUCAUUUGCAGAUGAAGACAACAAGAAAAUAUGUAAACAAAGUCUUAUGACUGAUAUAUUCCUAGUGAGCUAAGAAGUUUUGGAAAUAGGCCUUUAGUGAAUAUUACUAUUGUACGUAUAUUGUACUCACACACACUUGAACAGUUGCUUUUCAGUCCAGGGCAAAGUGAAUGUACAGUAUAGCAGUAUUACCAUGUAAAUACAGCAAAUGGACUUCCUUUCAGGUGGAUGAUUUACUCAGUAUAGUGUAGUUAAGUGUAGAGUCAUAAGAAAAGUUAUAAUAUAGAGAAAUGCAGAGCUCGGUUAUUUAAUGUCAUAUAAUGGGCUACGGACUUCAGGUAUAAUCAAGUGUGCUAUAAGCUUGUAGGUAUAAGCCGUGUGUUCUCCCAUGUUGAAACUUAAACGUCAUCACAUCAUGAUAAACUUGCAAAUACACGCACCAAAAUACCUUUACAGUACUUUAGUAAGACCUUAAUAUGUGAGCAAAUCUCAUUGGAAAUUACAUUUCAACACUUGUGUUGUUUUUUCAGGCUUGAAUGGUGUCAGUAGUACAAUAUAGCAGGGUAAAAGUGGUAACUUAUGGGUUGUUUUUUUCACUUACAGUUCAAACGCUUCAGUGUGUCAGAUCAUUCACAUUGAUUUAUGUUCAGUACAAGUCUGUGCCUUUUGGUGGGUUUGUAGCAGAGGGGAAUUUCUACAUUUUCAACCUUGGGAAAAUACUACCUGAAUGAACACUGGCGGAUUCUUUGUGUUGCUGUUCAUUAAUAUUUUAAAGUUCAAUGACUGUCUCUUAUACCAACAGUGCCAGUUGCUGUAUGCUGAAACAAGCUUGUGUUUGGAUCUGGAUUGCAUUUUAUCAGGGAAUAAAUGUGAUGUGGGGUCAUGUCAGUCAAUAUUACACCCCCUGGUGGUGACAUGGAAGCACAACAUUACUCACAAUAGAAAGUCCUAAAACCUCUUAUUUUAUUGGGUUUUUAUUUGUUGUAGCAUUUUGAGUUAAUUAGUUUGUGAAUUUAUGAAUUCCAUCAUGUAGCAUGGUUGUAUGUAUUUUAUUUGGUACAGUGUAUGUUUAAUUUGUCAGGUAAUCUUUUGUAAUAUUACUAAAUGGGAUGAAAGGUCUUAUUAAUCCACUACAGGAGCCAGAUACAUUGUUGAUGUCAUGAGCUUUCUUUUUAUACUUGUCACAUAAUGCAUUUAAAUGUCCAGGUAGAGUGUAAGGUUCAGCAGAGGUGUAGGAUGCAAACUACUAUAAAAGUGAAAUGUUUUUCUUUUCUGGCAUUAUGAUACCUGUGGUUUGAUGCUGGUGCCUUUCAGGUUGAAACCCGUACUUCUGAUGCUACUGUACUGUAAUCAGGGACUAUCAAUGCAAACCCCAUGUUAUUGCAAUACACACAACUGUGGAAUAAUCAUUGCUCAAAGGAUUUAACAUUAAAAUAUUAUUUUCUUUCUAAA